UGCAUUUAGAAUGGCCGAAUACGCCGCCGGUGAAAAUGUUGACGAUGAGUCAGAGAAGUCCGAGAGCCACUACAAAGCUCCGGAAAAGAAAACCGUCUCCGAAAUUCUUAGUGCCGAUCAGGACGAUGAAAGCCUUGCCAAAUAUAAGGCAACGCUGCUUGGCAGUUCACCCGUGGACACAGUCGUUGACCCAAUGGAUCCACGAAUUGUGAUUGUCAAGUCCAUAACGCUUCUUGUUCCUGGACGAGACGACGUCACGAUGGAGCUGGAUAAUCCUAGUGAAUUAGGUGAUGCCACGUUCAAGCUGAAAGAAGGAUGUCAAUACCGGCUUCGAUUCGAUUUUUACGUCCAGCGGGAGAUAGUCACAGGCUUGAAGUAUAUUCACAAAGUGAGCCGUCAUGGCGUACAAGUCCUCAAGGAAACCUUCAUGGUUGGAUCUUAUGCACCUAAGCAAGAACUCCAGAGCUACACUACCCCAGUCGAAGAAGCGCCAUCAGGUAUGCUCCAUCGAGGUAAAUACAAGGUGAAGUCCCAGAUGACGGAUGACGAUGGUCACGACUGGUUGACUUGGUGUUGGAUCACAGAGAUCUCGAAGGACUGGUAGACCUCGUUUAUGAGCAUGUUCAGCAACUGAUUUUGGCCCAUACUGGUGUAUUCUGAUUUUGCAUCAACCUCUUCUUCCUUGUGCACAGAUAAUCUAAGAAAAUUGGUACGCUCCCACGCCAUACAUUGACGUCCAAUAAGUUGUUGCACAUUGAGUUCCAUUUUCUCGACACUUUUCUUACGGUUUUUAUGUGAUGUGCGGAUGAAAUAGUCGCACGCCUUUCCUUCGUUUUCUCCCAUACCAUUUCACUUCUAAUUUGCGUUUCAUUGUACUACGUUUAUGUAAUAAACAGGACCAGUAAGAU